GGCGAAACCAAUGGUAGGCGGCUGUGGGCUCAGUAUGCAGCAGGAGCUGCUCUCCCUAGCUCUGUGUCUAUUGUAAGGGGAGCAGCGGCAAAAACAGCACAAAGAGCAGACUGCACCACACACUGGACCCAAGCAGCAGGCACCAUGAGCACCAGUAUCCGCUACAAGAGCAAGCUGCUGAAAACAGAUGAGAAGGAGACAACAGCAUUAUAUGAUGGUUUGAGGAGUGGUUAUACAGUGGGCUCCCAUGAGGGUCGGCCCCAGACCCUACCAAUGGACCAAGAGAAGCAGUAUGUUGGGUUUGCUACUCUGCCCAAUCAAGUUCACAGGAAGUCUGUGAAGAAAGGCUUUGACUUCACACUCAUGGUGGCUGGGGAGUCGGGCCUCGGAAAGUCUACCUUGGUGAAUAGUCUGUUUCUGACAGAUCUCUAUAAGGACAGGAAAUUGCUCAAUGCAGAAGAGCGAAUUAGCCAGACAGUGGAGAUUCUUAAGCAUACAGUGGACAUUGAGGAAAAGGGAGUGAAACUGAAAUUAACCAUAGUGGACACGCCUGGCUUUGGGGAUGCUGUCAAUAACAAUGAAAGCUGGAAGCCCAUCACAGACUACAUAGACCAGCAGUUUGAACAGUAUUUUCGGGAUGAGAGUGGUCUGAACAGGAAGAACAUUCAGGAUAACAGAGUGCACUGCUGCCUGUACUUCAUCUCACCUUUUGGACAUGGGCUGCGACCAGUGGAUGUCGCUGUCAUGAAAGCUCUGCAUGAGAAGGUGAACAUUGUUCCUUUGAUCGCUAAGGCUGACUGCCUGAUUCCUAGCGAGAUCCGCAAGCUCAAGGACCGGAUUAGGGAGGAGAUAGAGAAAUUUGGAAUUAAGGUUUAUCAGUUCCCAGAAUGUGACUCUGAUGAGGAUGAUGACUUUAAACAACAAGACAGAGAAUUGAAGGAAAGUGCACCUUUUGCAGUCAUUGGCAGCAACACUGUGGUAGAGGCCAAAGGCCAGAGAGUGAGAGGUCGUCUGUACCCUUGGGGCAUUGUAGAAGUGGAGAACCAGGCACAUUGUGACUUUGUGAAGUUGAGGAAUAUGCUAAUCCGCACACACAUGCAUGACCUGAAAGAUGUCACUUGUGAUGUGCACUAUGAGAACUACCGAGCCCAGUGCAUCCAACAGAUGACAAGGAACGACGAAAGACACAACACUGCAUCAAGCAAAUUGACUCAAGAUAAUAGGAUAGAAAGUCCUAUACCCAUCCUGUCACUGCCAACCCCAGAUGCUGAGACAGAAAAACUGAUUAAAAUGAAAGACGAGGAGUUGCGACGGAUGCAGGAAAUGUUGCAGAAAAUGCAACAGCAAAUACAGGAACAGUGAACAUCCCGUCAGAAUGGCACUUAUCUUUCACAUGUUCGACACACCUAACGCAGCACCUCUAAAAUGAGUACAGAGUUGGAUGUGGUAUCCGUGGACAGAAUCUUAUUUAUUGUUAUAAUCACCCGUCCUAUAUGAACGUCCAUCUCUCUGUUUAAUGACCUGUCCUAUUCCUCCACAACAUCCUAAUAACGGAACCAAGCACUUCACAUAAAGGCUAAUCUUUUGUCAAAAAAUAAGCUUAAUCACAGUCAAGCAUCUUUCACGUCGCUAGGAGAAAAUAACCGUAAUUGCAAAGCAUUCUGGGAAUUGCGCAGGAUAACUGCACGGCCUUAUGAGAAAAGUAAGCAAGUUACCCAGAGCACUCUGGGAAAUACUGCAUCACAUUUAGACACCUAUCCUGUUUCUUCCACUGUCUCUGAUCCUAAUGCAGAAAGAGGGAUGUUUCUUGGAGAAAGGAAUCUUCCGCCAACUCCCGCUGCCACUCUGAGACAAGCUUGUGUUCUUUUUUUAUUUGUACAGUGUUGACGUUUAUUGGACUCAGGACUUCCUUUUUUUUUUUAAAUUUGUAUUAUUAUUAUUAUUAUUUUUCUGUAUCAAUGUUUACGCAGCAGGUGACUGACUAAUUAUUGCAGAACCCAGAACGGUGGUACUUCUUUCCAAAGCAGUGAGUGUUGCACAAUGCUGCCAUUUAUUUUGCCUUUUAUUUUUGUCUUUUAAGAGCAGGCCCAAGUAUCACACACGAACACACACCAAACCUAUAAUAAUAUAUAUGAUAAACCUCUAAAUCUUGGCUGAUCCCAAUAUCAUUUACAUCAAUCCCUGCCCUGGAGAACUUACAAGUCCCAAUGGCAUUUAACACUAUGGUUAAUUUUUUUCACACUGUAAUUAAUGGAAUGUAGGAGGAAAAUGGAGUACCUGUUGAGCCUAGGUAGCAGAGGAAGAACAUACAUGCUCUAUGCAUAGUGUCCUGACUGGAAUUGAACCUCUGUCCCACAGCACUACAAGGCAGCAAUGCUAACUACUGUGCCAUUAGUGUCUCAGUAAGAGAGCUUUAGUAUGCUUUCUGUAAAAUAAUUCGUUUUUUGUUUGAGUGGAAGCCAGUUAGUGUAUGGACUUUAGCUACCUCCCAAAUAGCAGUCUGUUCUUACUUUAAGCAGCAUUUUCACAAUGAAAUAUUGUCAGGGUAGGACCAAAAUGAGCUUCUGGUUUAUCCAGAAAGGACACAGGGCUUCAAAUUGAAACCAACUAAUUAAAACAGACACUGCAUUAUUUGAAGCGAAAUCAGUAGGUAAAAAAAAUCAGAUUGCGGAGAAUAAGCCUAAAUGAAGUACGACUUUAAUGACCCUUAAUUAAAUGUAUUUCUGGUGAUAGCUAUACACUAUAGCUGUCAUUCAUUUAGGAAGCAGUGGCUUGUAGAGUGCAGCCAAACGCCUGAUGCAAGGUUUUUUUUUAAAUGAGAACUACUAUGGGACAUUCCUUUGCACCCUUUAGUCCUUUUGCCAUUUGUCUGGGGUCAUAUUAUAUGACCCCUAGUGUGUUUUUGCCCUGCUAUAUUUUACUCAGAAAUUGUUUUAUACUAUAGUAAAAUAACUGAUAUUCCCCUGCAUUUUGUGAGUGUUUAUUAAGGAUCUCAGCCCUGUCUGAGAAAAAUAAAUUCAAGACAGCUGGAGGACCACGGGUAUGAUAAACAUGUGUGAUUGAUCUUCUACAGUUUGGAAAAUGUUUGGUGCUGAGAAGAUUUAACUUCGUAUGGACCAGAAAGAGCUAUACAAGGUAUUGGUUAAUUUCCAGUUCAGUUCUUUUUGUCUCCCAAUGGCUUUUUUUCUGUAACAUAAUUCACAGGGUCUGGAUUUUGUUUGCUAUCUCUCACAUUUUGAUUGGCCUCCACCAAACAUGGGUUGCAGGAUCCACUGUCAGCAUCAAGAUAAAUGGGUGACAAAAGACACUGAAUGGAUAAGGAAACAUUUUAAGGCUGGUAAUAUUUCUGAACUUAGAGAGCAAUUGAAGGGGACAUUCCAUUUAUUUGUUUGUGUGUAAUGGGAAUUGAGUUAAAAAUCCAUGGUUUGGCAACCUGCAGCACUCCGGUUUAUUUCUCUACACCUCCCAUCAUCCUGGGCAAGCCAGUGCCAGACAGUUUAAAGCAGAGGGCUGCAGGCUGUUUCCCUAUGGAUUAAACACACGUGUGCCUGGUAACCCUGCUCCUUUGUUCCCAUUUGAAGUAUCUGUGUGAUCCUCUGACCUGUAGUAGCCCACCUUGAACAGUGCAUAUCCUGCGUACAGAUAUUUCUUAUAUUGAUUGUUGCUGUAAUUAAUGUUUACAACCUGAGAAUCUUAAUAAACCUUUAAAAUGCAAA